GGUGGCUCGGUGUUCCCUUCUUCGUCGCAACUCGCAAGCACUGAAGCUCCGUCUUCUUGGCUUUCGAUUUUCUUUCUUCGUAAUCGGCCAGUUCGCAAGCGCAAAACGCAGGCUCACGCUCAAUUGGAAUGCUAGAUCCGGCCGUGUCUGGAUCUCCUAGCGACCUAGACGCUGGAGAUACAAAGACACGAGUGGUCCUCACCUUCUCCCAGCCGAAGAAGACAGAAAACAAAGUUGAGGUUGAAGUUGAAUCAAGCUACAGCUAAACUCUGGAAUGCAAAGUUCACCACAAAAUCUGCUUCUACUUCUGCAACAUUUCCUUAGCCAUGCCAAACAAGUGAAGCAGAUCCACUGCCAUCUCACCACCGCAGCACACCUCAGCUGUACAACUGAAUGGGCCAAUACCCUCCUCUACAACACCCUGAUACGUGCAUACCUAGGGUUUGCACAACCCACCACCACUCUCAUCCUCUUCACCCACAUGCUUGCCCAUCAAGCCCCACCCAACAGUCACACCUUCCCUUCGCUCACAAAAGCCGUCUCUCUCCUCCGAACCAAUUGGACUCCUCUUCUCAGCAGACCCCUUCAUGCUCAAGCCCUCAAGCGUGGGGCAUCUUCUGACCCUUUUGUACAGACUUCAUUCCUUGGGAUGUACUCAUUGUUGGGUCAGCUGGGAAGUGCAUGCAAAGUUUUUUAUGAAGUUCUGGAACCAUGUGUUGUGGCUUAUAAUGCUAUGCUUGACGCGUGUGGGAAGAAUGGGAAUAUGGGUCUGGCCAUUUUAACUUUUUCUACCAUGCAAGAAAGAGACAUUUGUUCUUGGACGAGCAUGAUCAACGGGUACGCGAUAAAUGAGUGCUUUGAGGAGGCCGUGAAGUUUUUCAAGAAAAUGAUGUCCCAUGAUGAUGUAAUUGAUGGCUCAUUGAAACCCAAUGAGGCCACUUUCGUUAUCGUUUUAUCAUCAUGCGCCAACAUAGAUAACACCUCAACAUUGUAUCAAGGUAAGCAAGUUCACGGUUAUAUGGUAAAGAACGUGGAGUUGAGCAAAUUCAUGGCAACUGCGUUGAUAUCUUUCUAUGGGAGAUUGGGAUGUUUGAAUUAUGCAAAGAAAGUAUUUGACUCGCUAAAGGUCAAAGAAGUAUGCACAUGGAAUGCUAUGAUCUCGGCCUUUGCUAUGAACAGCAGAGAUGAUCAAGCUCUGGAUACAUACGAGACAAUGAAGUCUAAGGGGACGAAACCAAAUGAGGUAACCUUAGUUGCGGUUCUUUCUGCUUGUGCACAUGCAAAACUUGUGGAAUUUGGUUUGGAAGUUUUCGAUGCAAUGUCCGAAGAACUUAAGGUUGAACCUAAGAUGGAACACUAUGGUUGCAUUGUGGAUCUCUUAGGAAGGGCUGGUCAUGUGAAAGAGGCGUACGAGUUUGUAAAAAAGAUGCCUUUUGAAGCGGAUGCCUCUGUUUUGGGAGCUCUUUUAGGAGCCUGUAAGGUUCAUGGACAGGUUGAGAUGGGAAAUGAAGUGGGGAAACUGUUGCUGAACUUGCAACCAAAGAAGUGUGCAAGAUAUGUGUUGUUGUCAAGUAUUUAUGCCGGGGCUGAGAGAUGGGAUCAUGCUGCUGCCUUGCGAAGAGAAAUGGUUGAUGCCAGGAUUGAGAAAAUUCCUGCUUAUAGUGUGAUUCACUGAGGAUGCGGGUUUGCCCUUAUAUCUGCAAAGUAUUUGGGUUUGGAGAUUUUUAAACAUGAAGGCCAAAAGUUGAAAACAUAGUUGAGGGAUCAAAAUGGGUAUGAACCCUUUUAAAGUUUUAUAUUAACGUCUCCAAACUCUAUCAGUAGGCUGAAUAUGGCUUUUAAGGCAAAUCCUGUCAAAUAACAGGGACCAUCAUGAGAAAGUCAGGUGGUGAGGUGGAUGCACUUUUACUUCGAGUGGUAGAUGCAACUUAGAAGAAUUUGGGCAAGGAAGGAAUUAGGAAACUUGGGUGGAUUAAUUGGAAAUGGUAUGGGCUGUGGUGGGCCUGCGGUGGAAGGGGAAAUUCUCGAGAAAACCCCUAUUCCUUCUUAACUUUGAAAGGAAUAAUUUUUUGUUUUCAGAAUGAUCGUUUCAGCAGAAGAGCAAAGAGAUGAAGAGGCCAGGUGAAUUGUCAACCCCAUAAGUGUCUUUUUUCUUACUCCAUUUAUGCUUGGUGUUAUUCUCAUGAGGGCCUUGAGUCCUUGACUAAUGAUGUAAUAUUGGAGGUUUAUCUGCAGUACCAAAAGAGUUUGCUAGUUUUUGAGUGAGUAGAGUUGUGGCUCUUAAUACGGACUAGUUUUUGUGCUCAUAUCUGCCACGAGAAUUCUUUUGGAUUCAAAAUGGUAAUUAAAUAGAGUCUAGUUAAUAUUAAUUGAAUAAAAA